AUGGAGCUCAAUGUCGCUGAUGACGUCUACAAUUGGGAUGAGAAACUACGCGGUUGGCGAAGCCAUCGCAUUUUCCACCCUGGACGGGGCAUGUAUCACGACGUCCGUCGCAGGCUUCCCUACUAUUGGAGCAACAUCACAGAUGGUUGGGCAUACCACACCUUGGCCUCAGCCGUGCGGGUGUAUUUUCUGGUCCUUCUGCCUGCUCUGGCCUUCCAAUUGGACAUGAACCACAACACGAAUGGGUUCUAUGGCGUUAACGAAGCCUUGCUGUCCCCCAUCACCCUUUUGAUAUCGCUGUUCAACUAUACAAUUUUCCACAUCAUCCAGAUGCACGAUGUAGCCAUCUAUCCACAGUUCAUGGUCUGGGUCGGCAUUCGGAGUGCAGUCUUCCACUGGUUCACGGCCAUCCUCAACCUGCGUCACUACACGCUGACCGUCACCGACUUCUCCUCAGAAACCUUUGCCUUGUACGUAGGCACAAUCUAUAUCAUCAAGGGCGUAGAAGAACUCGGCGUCAAUUUCUACGACGGCAAGUUCCUCAACGGGUUCGCAUCCGUCAUGGUUGCCAUCCUCUACACGCUGUCCAUCUAUUUCCUUGGGUACAUUGGCUCGACGACCUACUUCAACGGCAUGGUCCGCGCUUUGCUCUCCGACUACGCCUAUCCCAUCGCGACCAUCUUCUGA